AUGAGCGUAGAGGAGGAAACCCCCAGUGGCGAAAAAACCAACGAUGAAAAGACGAAUGAUAAGGCGAAAAAUGAGGAGUUAAAGGAUUCACCCGCCGAUGAAGAACAAAAGAAAGACGACACAAAGGAGGAAAGUAAAAGUGACGUCGAAGGGGAAAGUAAAGAUGACGUCAAAAAGGAAAGUAAAGAUGACGUCAAAAAGGAAAGUAAAGAUGACGUCAAAAAGGAAAGUAAAGAUGACGCCAAAGCGGAAAGUAAAGGUGACGCCAAAGCGGAAAGUAAAGAUGAUGAGAAAAGCGAAGGCAAAGAUGACGCAAAGGCCGCAGCGGGCGGGGAAGACGUCAUGAACAUGCUGAUGAGCUACCUGCAGAAGAAUAAGGACGACCCGAAAAUCAUGCAAACCGUGCUGAGUAUGAUGGGCGGGCAGGGAAAAGACGGUGCAGCGGGGCUCAGCCAGUUGAAGUUGCCCAGCAGUGGGGCCAACGAAAAAGAGGCAGGGGAGGACAAAAAACCAUCUGACAAAAGUAUUUCCGAUAAAGGCACUUCCGACAAAGACAGUGCAACGAAUGGAAAGAAGAAAGACGAAGAUGCAACGCAAACAAAUGGGGAGAAAAAAACGGAGGAGAAAGAGACGGGAAACAAAGGGCUCAACCUCUUUGGUACGAAAAGUGAAAAGAACAUUUUUCCCAGUUUUAGCUUUUCCAGUGGAUUAAACAAUACGGGAAAUGACACAAAGGAAAAAUCAUCUGGUGGAGGUGGUAGCAUUUUUGGAGAUGGAAAGAAAAAUUUCUUCGCUCAAUUUGGGGAAGAUAAGGGCCGCAAUGGUAGUGGCAGUACGAACAAGUUCGGCUUUAGCGGAUUCAGCGGGUUUGGUAAUGCCACAUUUGGUAACACCACAUUUGGUGGCACCACAUUCGGUAGUACCCCAUUCGGUAGUACCCCCUUUGGCAGUGGGAAGAAGAAUGAAGAUGGUGCCGCCUCUACAAAGGGCGAAACAACACAAGGGAUUUUCACCAAGGGAACAGGUUCAGCAGAUGCUACUACAAACAAGGAGAAGGAACAAGACAAUGAAAAAAGCGAUACUGGGGUGAAGAAAAAAUUCGACACGCUGGUGGAAGACGACGAUGAUUACAUAAUAGAAAACGCAGAAACGAAGGAACCGGUCGAAGAGGAGGCAAUCUCCAUGAUAGAAAAUAUGAACAUAAAAAAUGACGAAAAUGCAAAGGAGAAAAAGUUAAGUAACUUCGAUUUCAGCAAAGCAUUAAAUAGUAACAACAACGAAGAAGUGAAGGACGUCAAGUUAUAUCGUUCUAGAAACACAUGGGAAGAAUUAAACAUAGAUAAUGACCUUAUACAGAUAUUAACAUAUUUAAAGUUUUUCGCCCCGUCGAAAAUACAAGGCUUGGCUCUUCCGUACAUUUUAAAUAGUAACAGAAAUUUAAUAGCGCAGGCUCAGAAUGGGUCAGGAAAAACACUUACCUUUGUCAUUUCGAUGUUGUCGAAAAUAAAUCGGAAUGAAGGGACACUGCAAGCUAUGUGUAUCUGUCCAACGAGGGAAUUAGCUCAACAGAAUUACGAUGUUGUAGGAAAGUUCACCAAAUAUUUAACCGUGAAAGUUUUCCUAGCUGUUCCACUCUGUGAUAGAUAUGAUAAAAACGCGGGGUUCCAAAUUUAUGUUGGUACGCCAGGAAAAACAUUGGACCUUUUAAAAAGAAGAUUUGUGGAUACAAAGAAUGUAACAAUUUUUGUUCUAGACGAAGCGGAUGAUUUAAUUGAUAUUAAAAAUAAUAUGUCUUCCCAGGUGGAAAAUAUCAAAAGGUUUUUACCAAAACAGUGUCAAAUUCUUCUCUUUUCUGCUACAUAUAAUGAAGAGGUACGAUCCUUUGCGGAUAGGUUUGCUCCAAAAGCAUCUAAAAUAAGUGUCCGACAGGAAGACUUAACUUUGAAAUGUGUUAAGCAGUAUUAUCUCUUAACAGAAAAUGAAGAACAAAAAUAUUACUACCUGUCUGAGUUAUAUUGCUCCAUGAGCAUUGCUCAGUGUGUCAUUUUUGUGAACUCAAAAGUCUCUGCUUACAAUCUGUACCAGUUCAUGACGGAGCGUGGCCACAAUGUUACCCUCAUUUGUGCCGACAGUGUUAUUAGCAGGUUUACAAGAAAUCAAGUGCAAAAGGCAAAUGUGCUAGGCAUGGACCCUAAAACGAGAGAUACCCUCAUGUCCGAUUUUAAGAGUGGUGUAUCCAAAGUUUUGAUCUGCACAGAUUUGCUCUCCAGGGGGAUAGACGUUCCCACCAUCAGCUUAGUUAUCAAUUUUGACCUGCCUUAUGUCUUUCAUGGAAGAAUUUCAGAAAAUUAUGGUAACCAUUUUUCUAACAAAAAAGUGAACAUGGAAACUUACAUUCAUCGGAUUGGAAGAACAGGAAGAUUUGGCACCAAAGGAAUGGCCAUUAAUUUUGUCAAUAAAAAUCAGCUCGUUCAUAUUAAGCAAAUAGAGCAAUAUUACCAGUGUGUCAUUUCAGACUUGGAAGUCGAUUCCGAGCUUAUGAUCACUUCCCCGUCGAAGGGGGGGGACUAA